AACUUGCAGUGGUAUCAAAUCUUUUGGUUUUUUUGUUUUUGGUCAAACAGCGGUAUCAAAUCAAAUCAUCUGUUCGGUGACAUAAAACGUCUCUACCAUUUGCUCUUCGGUGAAACUAGUCUCCACAUAUAACGUCGAACUCUGAGAAAAAGUGUAGAACCCCCCUAUAUGCCUUCUCUCUCAGAUUAGAUGAUCUCAACUCCAUACCAUCUUUCCUAGCUAUGAAAACUUCACCAUCCACUAAGAUACAUUUGGGCUGUGUACCAUAUGAUGGAUCUCCAUGUAUACUUUCCGAAGCAAUAACAAAGUCCAAGAUUUCUCGACCUCAUAUUCAUUCAUCAUCCAUAUUAUCAUUGCGAUACCUUUUUUCAAGGUAUGAUUCUUGAUAUUGUAAUUGUACAGAUAUACAAACAGACGAUUUUCACUUGUCUUCCCAAUGCCUACAGUGCUGGUGGCUCGAACAAGAAUGCCCAGUUGCUUUUCUUGUGCCUUUGGGCUGAGCUCAUGUGCAUGUUGAACCUUUCCUUCACUAUAAUAUAGUCUGAAAAGAACUGUGAAGUUCGUCUGGGUACCCAGAACCGAUGCUGGGAUACUUCAGCAAAGGAUGUAUGUAUCAAAUUGAUACUAUCAAUAGACAGUGACGGUGCAUAGAAUCAAUUUAUUUUUGAAAGAAAACGAUUCCCAUGCUUAAUUAAUACUGCAUGUCGUUCUUAUCCAGUUUUUCAAAAAGCCGACCAAGUGAGUGGGUAUGCAUGCAUCUUCAGGGAAUGGGUGUGCAUUCAUUACCAUCGUAGUUUUUUUAGGGUAGCAGAUAAUGGCACAAAGUCCUAAGAGAUCUGUCAUUGUCAGCUACCAUCGUGUCAAAGAUUAAUCCUUCAAUUUACUUUCCAUCGGUUUUGAUCUCGUACUUGUAUUGAGUUUCAGGCACAAUAAAAGCAAGGAGAUCUGUUUCUUAUGAUUUUAGAGUAUAUUGAGAGUAGAACUCAUGGUAUCACCUACUUAUUGCGUGAAAAUUUAUUGAACUAAUUUAACUCACUUCAGUAAAAUCCCUACUUCCCUAGUAUAUAUAUGUACGAGCAGCUCCAUACAAGUUUCUGAGGCAGAGGCAUUGGUGGAGUAGUGAACAAGUACUUGAGUGCAGAACAGUUCAUUUCAGUUCAGUGAGUUAAGAUCGGAUCGAUGGGGCUUCCGGGGAUUUGGGUGGCGCUUCUGAUGACGCCUCGCGCACGUUUCAGGGGAAGGAAAUGGAAUUUACUUGACCUAGUCACAGCUGCAGUGUUUGCGUCUAUGCAUGUUCUUGCUUUAUUUGGGCCAUUUUAUUUCAAUUGGUCUGCGUUAUGGGUAGCACUCGCGCUCGUUUACGUAACCGGAUUGGGAAUCACUCUUUCAUAUCACAGAAACCUUGCGCACAGGAGCUUCAGGCUUCCCAAGUUGCUCGAGUACUUGUUUGCCUAUUUUGCAGUUCUUUCAGCUCAGGGUAGUCCCAUUGAUUGGGUGAGUACACACCGUUACCACCACCAGUAUACAGAUACAGAGAAAGAUGCUCAUAGCCCACUAAAAGGUUUCUGGUUUAGUCACAUGGGUUGGAUUCUUGAUAGCAACGCUCGUUUUGGAAGAUAUGGAGGACUGCGGAAUGUUGAAGAUUUGAAAAGGCAAGCAUUCUAUAGGUUUCUUCAUAAUACUUACCUUUUACACUCAAUUAUUCUUGGAGGCAUUUUAUAUGCAGUUGGUGGAUUUCCGUUCAUCGUUUGGGGAAUGGGCGUGAGGAUGGUAUAUGUUUUCCACGGCACAUUGCUAGUGAAUUCGGCCGGCCACAUAUGGGGAUAUCAAGCAUGGAAGACCAGUGAUCUGUCUAAGAAUCUCUGGUGGUUGGCAUUGGUUGCAUUUGGAGAAGGGUGGCACAACAACCACCAUGCUUUCGAAUAUUCGGCUCGACAGGGCCUCGAAUGGUGGCAGUUUGACCUGACUUGGUACAUCAUAAAAUUUCUUGAAGCUCUAGGGUUGGCAACUGAUGUGAAAGUACCAUCUGAGGCUCAUAAGAAACGUAAAGCUUUAGAGACCAAAACAACCAUGGCUGCCAUGAAAUAAGCAAUGAAGAUUAGCUAGUUUAUUGCUCAGUACCUGUAACUACGUACCUCUAAUCAUGUGUCCUGAUUAAUCUUUUGUACCUUCGAUCUGCUUAAUUUCAUGCAUCGCCUAUGUGGAAUUCGAUAAGUCCUGCCUAAACUAGUUGCCUGAAUUUCAACUCGAUCUGUUAAGA